AUGUUGAAGCACGUGCAGAUAUCGCCGAUGCGCAGCCGGUCGGAUUCGCUGUCGAUGCGCUCGUCCACGUCGUGUGCCUCGUCACUGUGCGGCAGCCCGGAGCCACCGAGCGACCAGCUGCGCAGCCACUCGAGGGCCUCCAGCUACUCCAGCCUCAACGAAACCAUUCCCCAGACCACAAUUAAAAUCUACACCGCGUGCCUGCGCCAGGACAUCGAGUACAAAACGCUGGGCAUCUCGUACGACGCGACGAGCAAGAGUGUGGUGCAGCAAGUGCUGCGAAGAUGUAAAAUGCGUCAUCGGGAUCCCCGACUGUUCUACCUGACGAUGGAGGUCACCGUGCGGCGGCCGGGCGUAAAGUCACUGCUCGAACUGGACGACGAAGCUCGCCCCGCACUGCUCCAAGCCUGCCACCCGAAGGGAGACUCCAGAUUUUGCCUCCAACAAAGGCCGGGCGGCCUGAUUCGGGUGCACACGUCCGCCUUGCAGCCCAACUCGCAGUACAAGUCGCUGCUCAUUUCCGAGGAGACGACGUCGGACGAGCUGCUGUCGCUGCUGCUGUCCUGCUACAACUCGCUCGAGCCGGUCGAGCAGUUUUCGCUGUACGAGGUCUGCCCCGGCCAGGAGUACCAGCGGAAGCUGCACCCGGACGAUCUGCCACUCAAGACGCAGCUGCAGCGCCAGCAAAAGGGCGAAAUCAUGCACUUCCUGGUGCGCCGCAAUCCCAACUAUCCGCGGCGCCGUCAGCUGCUGGCCACCAUCACCGAGUCGAAGCACUUCCUCCUGAACGCCGCCGGACUCGAGCCAACGCCGGCGGCAGCGAACGGUUCCUCCAGCCAUCAUCCCAUCGUGCCGCAUCUGCACCCACUGGUGGCCCACCACCACCACCACCGACUGUCGCUGCACGGCGGGAGCUUCUCCCUUGGAACCACCACCACCGGAACCACCUCCUUCAUUUCGGACAUCGUGGACGGCCUGUCGUCGCUGAACGAUCUGCCGGUGGAGACGAAAAGUUUGCUCCUCAAGGAAACCCGCCCGCCACCGCCACCGACCUUCUAUCAGCCGUCCCUGGACGACUCGAUCGCGUCAACCGGCUCGACCGAUUCGGGCGAUUCGGUCGAUUCCACCGAAUCGUCCUCGUCUUCGUCGUCAUCCUGUUCCUCGUUUUCGUCCCUCUCGUCCGAUUCGUCCACCUCGACGGCAUCAUCCUCGUCCGGGGCCGACGAUGGCAGAACUAAUGAGCAGCCGCCAGACGAGACCUACGCUACGCUUCGCCGCCAGCACCACCCGAACGGAGGAACCCUUACCCGCAGCACUGGCACCUUCAAGCGCGACCAGCUGAACAACAACAACAACAACGAGGACUCCAGUCCUUGCCACCAGUGCCCUGCGGCGGUGGCGGCGGCGUCGUUGUCGACUUCCGGCGUAACGUGGCGCCAUUCGGAACCACCCGGCAGCGCGGCGGAACCACCCGAAAUCAAGUGCAAAAACAGCGCCCAAAGCCUGCUGCCACCACCGCGCCCCGCCAAGUCGUCCAGCAUGCGGCUGGCGGCCCUGGGCAGCAAACCUUCGCCGCUGCCCCUCUCGGUGCUGGCCGCCCCAUCGUACAGCCCGGUGUACAACAUUCGCGAAAUCCGAACCGUGAGCCAAUCGUUUUCUUCGCUCGGCAUCGACAAGAAGCUGGCGGACAUCCGAGGUUCCAGUUCCGGCCCGGAGCAGCAGCAGACUCCCGGUGGUGGGUCCGCUUCGCUUCGCAGCACGAUCGUGAAGGAAAUGGUCAACACCGAUCCGGCGAAGGGCGUUGGUAACUUCGUGUACAUCUAAACAAGGGUGCGUGUGCGUGUGCACUGGUUUGUGUGUUUUGGAGUACAUUUUUAUCGUCCUAGUCUUGGUAGAGUAAUAAGAGGCGGGUGCCUUGAGGGGGAACAGCUAUCUAACGCGUAUCAUAAAACCUAAGAGACCUAAGAAGCCAGCUAAAGCUUUUCGAAGGACAACACACACAGCGUCUUUGGAGCGAUCGGAAGCGGUCAGCAAGGGGGCAGCGCUGGCUUUGGAAAGAGUUUGGCCCGACCACGGACGGAUUGUACAGAUUACCAGUUAGCGGAAACGUAGCGUUGUAAACAAGCUUAGCACCGCCCCCCCCAAACCGCACUCGUCCACAAAUGCAAACAAAACGGAGGCUUAGUA